AUGCAAAGCGGAGAGGAAGUUGAUGGAGGCUGUGGGCUUGCCUCGGCGUUGCGAGGCGCGCUGGAUAAACCGGAGCGCGCCUCCCCCUCGGAAAGGGGGUUCAGCCCGAGGCCAGGAGCCGCGGGGAGGCCUUCCCCGGGACCCCUUCUGAGGAGGACACCUACUGGAACGUGGAGAAAUCGCAAUCCACAUUUCAAGUCUCCAGUCCCGUCAUCAAAGGCCUGUCCCUCUGAAGCGGGCGACAGGGAAGCCCUCCAGCGGGAAAUUGAAGAGCUGAAAUGCAAAGACCUUGCCCUGGACCAGGAAAUAGAACAGUUGUUGGCUGAAGGCUUCAGCCUGGAGGAAUUAGACAGACACAUUACUUUGCUGCAUGAAUACAACGAGAUAAAAGACGCUGGACAGAUGCUCCUGGGCAGACUAGCCGUAAUCAGAGGAGUCACCACAAAGGAGCUAUACCCUGAAUUCGGCCUGGACCUUAACGACUAGAAAGGAAGGGGAACAUCCUUAUUGGCAAUCGUGCACACGCACAGCACACAACUGUUGUAAGUUCAGGUUUUCCAGGAAACCCUCCUUGAGCGGUGGUUUGCUGGAAGCUUUUAAAGUUAACGGUGAACUUGUUGAGCCUGUUACCUGCCAAGUGUCGUCGAGGAAACGACAUGCUCAGUGAGUGUCAGCCGUCAUUCAGGAGGCACGAGAGCCGUUUCACAGACCGACUGACUCAGCGCUGUAGUUCAGUUCUUCAUGGAAGUUGAACAAGUUGGCUAUAAUAUCCUGACAGUGCUAUUUUAAGGAAAGCCUCAUCGUUCUGAGCCCACUGACUUCAGCAGCCUUAGAAGGGUAUAAUUUUGCUUAGGAUCGCGCUGUGAGGGGCCCAGUGCCUCAUCUGUCACAGAACGUUUUCUGUCUGUUCCUUUCCCAUUCAUGGAAUGAGCUUUGGGGAAGCUCCCCGUCCAUGCCUUUUAGCAGUCCUAAUUGUUCAAACCUUGCCCCUCGCGGCCUUCUUUUUAGUACAGUGAAAUGAACUGGGGUGUCGGAGCAACGGGGAAGAAUGUUAGUCUGUGGGACAGCAAGGGGGUGGGGCCAAGAAACUUGCCUUGAUAAUGUUCGCUGUGGAAGGGUUAGAAAAGGAGACUGUUUAGGACUACAGUUUGUCACACAAUAUAUGUAAGCAGCAUGCUAGUGGGCAGGUCAUUAAAGAGAAACGCGUUGUAACUGCAUGGUUUCAAAAUAAAUGGAAAAUCGUUGUUUGCAGUGAUUUGUUCAGUACUUGGUGUCAAGUGCUAUCUUUUUGGUUACAUCCUUAUUCCUUCCUUCUGAAUAGCUCAGGGCACAGGCAUGUAAAAGGUUAAGCUUCUACUUUUCCUAAGAGCCCUGCUGGAUCAGGACCAGU